AUGUCCUUAUGUGUGAGGUAUAUUGAAGAUUGUAGUAUUAAGGAAGAUUUUUUAACUUUUAUUCCUAUUUAUGACGCAUCAGGAAAAGGAUUAGCCCGUACAAUAAUGAUUGAAAUAGACAAAUUAGGUUUAAAAAAGGAAAAUCUAGUUGGUCAAGGCUAUGAUGGAGCUUCUUCGAUGAGUGGUAUAUUUAAUGGAGUUCAAAAAAAUAUAUACGAUAUAACACCUCACGCUUUAUACGUUCAUUGCGCCGCCCAUUCGUUAAACCUCGCCAUUAGUAAAUCAUGUAACAUUCCUGAAAUAAGAAAUUGUAUUGGAUCUAUAUCUACAAUAACUUCAUUUUUUCGAAAAUCACCAAUAAGGGAACUUGAACAGCAUCAUAAUUUAGAAACAUCAAAACUUGCAUUUCAACUUUCAAAAACUAUCACCUCAAAUUUAUCUGAGUGUUGUCAAUAUGUCAAUAACUGUGUGAAAGUUAUUAAUUCAAUUUAUGAAAAUAGUGAGGGAGAAUUCCACAAAUUAUUUUUAGAUGUCGAAAAUGUAUUAAGCUUAGUAGAUGAAACGGUUAAAAUGCCACGAUUAAUUAGGCAAUCUACCUAUCGUAACAAUAUUCCGGUAGAUUCGUCAGAACAGUAUUAUAGGAGAUCAAUUUUUUUGCCAUUUUUAGACUACUUCAAAAGUCAAUUAAUUGAAAGAUUUAUAAAACACAAUUACAUUAUUUCUUAUCUAUACUUGCAAGUUGCAACACUCCCGGUGUCCACUUCAUCUGCAGAACGUUCUUUUUCAACUUUAAGACGAUUAAAAACCUAUUUGAGGAAUAGCUGCAGUGAAGAUCGUCUGACAGGUUUAGCUUUAUUGUCAGUCCACCGAGGUAUCCAAAUAGAUAUUGAAGAAAUAAUCAAUACAUUUUCAAGAAUGCCACGUAAAGUUGACUUUGUUUUAUGA